AUGCUACAUAGUCGACCUCCUUCUGAAAAUUUCUUUCCUGGUACUCUUUGGUCUCGUGAUAUCUAUGUGGGGGAUCCUUACACCUUUUUAUUUGUUAAAAGAGGUAUUCUUCAAUUUGUCUAUGUCAAACCAUUCUUGGCUGUACUUACUAUGAUACUCAAAGCAACGGGGAAUUAUCAAGAUGGCGAAAUCUCUUGGUCAAGUUCUUAUCUCUAUUUGACUUUUUUUUAUAAUCUCAGUGUUUGUCUUAGUUUAUGGUGUUUGAUGGUCUUCUUUUAUGCAACAAAACAAGAUCUGAUAGGUUUUAGACCUUUACCCAAAUUCUUAUGUGUCAAAGCCAUCAUCUUCUUUUCCUUUUGGCAAAGUGUCAUUAUUGCUCUCUUGGUCGCUUUUGGUGCUAUCCGUGAUGAUGGACCUGAGCAUAUUUCUGUGGCGAUUCAAGAUUUCCUUAUUUGUAUGGAAAUGGUACCAUUUGCUAUUGCUCAUUCAUUUGCAUUCUCCUAUGAAGAUUAUUAUGAUCCCAAUGUACAUUCAGCCCGAAUGCCAAUAUUUACAGCAAUCAAAGAUUCAUUUGGUGUUAAGGAUGUAGUAAUGGAUACUUUGGAUACACUUCGAGGAUCAAAAUUCAAUUACAAGUCAUUUGAACCAUCAGAAGGUGUUCCUCAUAUUGGUAGUAGUCGGACUUCUCGUAUCAUGGCAGGUCUACGGUAUUCGUCAAGUACAUCAAAGAAACAUUGGUUGGAACCUGCUCCUGCAUCUAAAUUCCUUAGUACUGGACGUGGCAUCAAUGAUGAAGUAGUCAUAGAAGAAGAAUCUGAACAAUUGGCGUUUGAAGAUCCUGAUCCUCAUGAUUCAGUAGAAGAACUUUAUGCAGCUAGUCGGUCUAUGCAAUUUGGUGAUUAUAAUUAUCCCGUCAUCGAUUUCCGAGCACCUUUAUGGCGACAACAUCGACGAAAACAUCGAACAACAGGAUAUGGUGGUACAGCAUCAUCAUCAUCUAAACAUUCAUUAUCUUCAGCUGGUCGUGGUGGUGCAAGAACAGGUUGGUUACAUGGAUCAGUCAAUUCAAAGAUCAAGUAUAUGCCAAUCGAACAACGUGAAGGAUGUGUGGAUGUCAUUGUGGAACAAGGAAAAGGGAAUUAUGUAGUAGUGAUGGAUUCAUCUUCAUCAUCGGCAUCUGAAGAUUCUGAUUCAACACCAUCCCUUCAACAAGACCGAUCAAAAAGAUACCAUGACCAAAAAACAGCAAUAAUCAACACUCGAUACCAACAACCUCAAGUACGUGCUUCACAUUCUACUCCAGUAUCUUAUCAUAUUCGACCCUCCACUUCAACUUCGUCGACUUCAGUUCCACCCCCUAUACCCACAGCAACUUCUUCUGUUUCUCAAACAUCAUCAUUAACGGUAUCAUCACAACCUCCAACACAACAAUAUCCUUAUGAGCAAACACAACAGCCAACUCCAUCACAGCAUCAACAACAACAACAGCAACAUCACGAACCGGAGCAGAGAGAAUACCACGAUUGGACAAGAAUCAGUACAUCAUGGCAUGAUCAACAAACAAAUUUAUCAACAUUAGAUUAUGGACAAGGUAAUCAUGAUCAUGAUGAUAUGUUUAUGACCAGCAAUGUGUGGAAAUAG